CGUUCUGUUGAUAGUCAAGGUCGAACAAUGAAGAAGUGUGCCUUAUUUUAGGUUCAUUAGUGUUCCACGAAAUAUAUGUAGGAACAACACUUGAUUUUGAUGUACAGUUGUUAUCCAGCUAUCGGCCGAUGAUAAAGGAUGUGCUACAUCACAUAAUAAAGGAAACUGUUUUCGUGAUUGCUUUCAUUAAACCAAAUUAUUAUUUAUUUUAGCAUUUCAGUCUCAGCAGUCCGUCUCUCCUGAUCAGUCAUCAUGGAUCAUUUCAUCAUUGGCAAAGAAUUAUCUGCACAUUCUGAUGUUUCUUACGAAACUAAAUUAAAGAAGUGUAAACGUAAAUUUUUGUUCGAGCCCAUUCCAGAAAAUGAAAUUGAGAAAGCUUAUGCGGAAUUACUAUCAGGUCUAUCUCAAGAGUUUGCCCGUGCGUCAGUACGCUUAUCUAAAGGCAUAAUCGAAAACGGUCGGGUUCGUCUUUCACAAAUAUGUGGGAAGUAUUUCCGUAUAAUGGGUUUCUCUCUUGAUGGCUCAUCUUAUCUUCAUCCAGAAGAAGCAUUAUACCUUGCUGAAUGUAAUAAAAUCCAAGUACUUGUUAGUGGUUUACCACUGAGUAUUCAAGAACUUUACGACCAGCUUUUAAACAAUGAAACAUAUCCACACUAUCUGGCCUACUCUCGAUUAUCACGAUUAAAUUUCAGUCUUCGAAAACGAGCAAAUUUUGACCUACAAUCAUAUUACCACAGUGUGACAGAUAAAUUAUUUAAAAUUCCAAAAUCAAUUAACGUUUCAAUUACGACUUAUCCACUUUUAAACCAAGAAUGUAGAAAACCUAUCAGAAAGAGAAAGUUCAAAGACUUUCAACCACUUAUUAAUCGUAAUACAAUACAUUCUAUCACUGGUCUUAUGCAUAAUUUACAAGAGAUUGUACAACCUGCCAGUGAUAAGUCUGUUAAAUCAACGAACGAUUUAAAUCUACUCUAUGAUAUUUAUGGAAACAAUCAUGCAGAGAAAAGACGUAUUAUUAACUUCUCUAAACGCUCCCCUCCUCAUCCUGAUUAUGUUUUAUCUGUUUUGUCACCAAAACAAAUAUACCCAGACAUAGAAUCUCAAAGUUUGAUAAAAGUUGGUAUACAGCCAGAUACAUCUGUUCUUAUAUGCAUGGUAGAUGGAUGUGAUGUUUCAUUUUAUAUAACAAACUGUUUUGCAAUUCCAAAUAUUAAUUUUCAAGUAACUCGUCAAGAAAAUAUGCCGUGAAUAUAGAUUAAAUAAAGGAUUAUUUGUGUACACUUGCUUUUUUUAUACAAUAAACUCAAGUCAAACACUUCAAAAUCCUGUCGUUAUUGGUUUUACCAGUUUCACGCUCAUUUUAUCCAGUAAAUAAGCGAUGGGUUCACCUUUGGA